AGUUAAAUUCCUCGAAAUGGACAAACUGGUGCUUCUCACGGUGCUGUCCCAGCUGCUGAGCCUGGUGCGGGAAUUUCCGCUGGUGGCCACCGCCGCCUUCGUCGGAGUGUUGUUCUUUUACGUGAAAACCUUUGGCGUGGGACCGCCCGGGAAAUCGCUGACCCAGAAGUCGCUCAAAAGUGCCCGCCAGUACAUCAACGAGCUGCCCGGACCCGCCUGUCUGCCCCUGCUCGGGAACUCCCUCAUGAUGGCCACCGAUCGGGAAGACAUGUUCAACCGCCUGAUCGCCGCCCGCUGCCUGUACGGCCGCCAGCAGGGCAUGACCCGCGUCUGGAACGGGCCCGUCCCAUAUGUGCUAGUUUCGCGGGCCGCCGUCGUCGAGCGGAUCCUCAGCAGCAGCGUCAACAUCGAAAAGGGGCGCGAUUACGAUUUUCUGCGGCCUUGGCUGGGGGACGGACUGCUGACGGCACCGGCGGCCAAGUGGUACCACCGGAGGAAGGCGCUCAAUCCGACGUUCAACUACAAGAUGUUGUCGGACUUUUUGGGCGUUUUCAACAAACAGGCCGCAGUGAUGGCCCGGAUGCUGGAGCGGGAGUUGGACAAUGGGGAGGGGUUCGAUUGUACGAACUAUGCCACGCUGUGCUCGCUGGAUAUUUUGUGUGAAACUGCAAUGAGUUGCUCCAUCCACGCUCAGGAACAGCACGAAUCCGAAUACGUCAAAGCUCACGAAGAAAUCGGCCAAAUCAUGCUGUACCGGCUGCAGAACAUCUGGCUCCACCCGGACCUGGUCUUCCGCUUCACAAAGUACUACAAACGCCAGAACGAGUGCCUCCGAGUGCUGCACAGCUUCUCCGAGCAGGUCAUCCAGCAGAGACGUGCCCUGCGGGAAAGUGCGCCCGCAGAUUUUGAGGACAGCUCGGAGAUUGGACGGAAACGGCAGCUAGCAUUUUUGGACCUGCUGAUCGAGACGACACAGAACGGAAAACCGCUCAGCGAUCGGGACAUCCGGGAAGAGGUGGACACUUUUAUCUUAGGCGGCCAUGACACCACGGCUACUGCGAUCGGCUGGUUGAUGUACCUGCUGGGGACGAACGAGGCCGUUCAGGAUCGACUGUUCGAGGAAAUUGACUCCGUAAUGGGGCAAGAUCGCGAUCGUGAACCAACCAUGAUCGAACUCAACGAGAUGCGAUACCUGGACUGCUGCAUCAAGGAAGCUCUCCGGCUGUUCCCCAGCAUCCCGUUGAUCGCUCGACGACUAACCGAGGAUGUCCAGGUGGAAAACUACGUUAUCCCAAAGGCAACCAACGCCGUCAUCGUCGUGUACCAGCUUCACCGGGACGCCAAGGUGUUCCCCAACCCGGAAGCCUUCAACCCGGACCGCUUCCUGCCGGAGAACUGCUGCGGACGGCACCCGUACGCGUACAUUCCGUUCAGUGCCGGCCCGCGCAACUGUAUCGGCCAGAAGUUUGGCGCCCUCGAGGAGAAGGCCGUCAUGGUGGCGGUCCUACGAAAGUUCCGCUUCGAAUCGCUCGACCGCCGGGAAGACCUAACCCUCUACGGAGAGCUGGUGCUGCGAUCCAAGAACGGACUCAGGGUCAGAAUCGCUAAGCGAGAUUAGGACGAUCUUUACCUCAUUUUUUUGUAUAAAUAAAAUAAACUCAACCAGGUUAUU